AUGGGCGAGCCUGCGUUGACAAUCAAGGCACAGUACCAGCAAGAGUACCGCCAGACUAAGAAGAAUGAGAAGACAGCACUUCUUGCGAAGGUUGGCGAGCUGGAGAAGACGCUUGUGCGGAUCCGGCGACGUCACAGUGCUACCGCCAAGCACAGCGAACGGCCAACGUCGAAGGACCUUUUGCUGCCUUGGAAAGACGUGGCAAAGGCGCUGUCCGAGUCUGCGCGAGAGGCGUUGGUACUGCAGCUCUCCCUGCGUAAAGAUCUCGACUUGAAUCGAGAAGUGUUCCAGCGCCUCGCAACCUGGGUCGCAAAGUCCUCACCCGUGCUGAUGAAACCUUCCAUGCCGUGGGGGGUAUCCAACACGUCGUUGGCGCGCAUGACACUCGUCGCCCAUCCCGAGGCGCGGCGGCACGGCUUGGACUGGCUCACGCAGCUCGUGUUCCACAACACAGAUGCCAUCUUGGACAAGUAUCAGUUUCCACCAAUCGACCCGACGACACGACACCAUCGACCGUACUUUGAUAUUCUCGCCCACGCGAACGCCGACUCGAGUGUGUCCGUGGUGUGCCAAUACAUGAGAACAUUCCACGGAGCCAUCGAUGAUGUCGUGCGGCUAGUCUAUCAAGAAGAAAUCCAGCGCAAGAGCUACACUGGCAUGACACCUGACGAAUGUGCCAGUCGUCGCAUCGAUGUGGUUUGUCCCGAUCCAGAGGCGGUGAUGGAAUUGACAGGACAACAACAUCAAGAACGAGGCAGCAUGUCGUACGUUCGUGUGACGACACGUGGCACGACCAGGGCGACAUGCGUACUCUAUCGAAUGUUUGAAGGCGACCCUUCCAGUACCCAGCCCCAGCCGAACAAGACUUCACCACAUCGACGUGUGGUGGUCGGGCAGAGUGUGCCCCACGAUGACAAGUUUUCCAGACAUCCGAUUGGGCGAAAGAUGAUGUCUUGGUAUGUGUUUGAUCAAGUGGCACCGCACUGCACUGUCCUUCGGCAUGUGUAUGUCGCGUACAGCGCCGUGAACCCUGUCACAGGGGACAGCGUAUCCUUGGCGGAAGAAGCCAGAACGUACGGAUGCAACCUGUCCAACGUUCUGUUGCCAAACCACGUGCAAGUAUUCCAGCGACAUUUAAAUAUAAUGGGCGGGGCCGCCGCGACCCAGCAAAAUGCUACUAUGGCAAAAGUGGAUGCCGCCCUCCUUCGAUCUACAAGACAUCAUAGAUAUAAUUAAUAUUGUGCUUUUGAGUGAAA